AUGCUCAAACAGCUCGAGGAAAGCAUCGGGGUCGUCCUGCGGCCCUAUCUUCACCACUUGGAUGGGCACACUGGCCGCAGGAAUGACCACUGGAGCACCUGCAGAUUGGAUCCAGCUCCUUAUCGCCUGCCGGCCCUCCGCCUGGGCUUUGAGCAGAGCCUGGACACGCCGGCCCUGAUCUACUGUCAGCGUGGCGAGGGUGUGCUGCUGGUGCUGGAUGUCGUUGGCGAGUGUUUGGAGGAGCGCUGUGACUGGUUGGGAUCCCAUGGUGGCAUACGUUCCUCAGUCCCAGGUUUCGGCGUCAGUGUAAGGACUCUUGAACUUAAGGGGGAACAGAGGAACUGGAAACAGGCUUCAGAACAGAUGGACUGGAAAUGGACCGACAGAUCAGGGGAGGGUUCAAAGCUUCCCGCUUCAUGUGCCCUUUGGCCAGUGGACCUGAAAUUAACACAGAUUGACUGCAGUCCUGGGAAUACAUUGGUCCCGUUUCAAGGUCAAUAUGCUACCAUCUGUGAGUUGGACUACAACAUUCUCCAAGUGGAAAUUCAGAAUGUCUCGAAAAUAUCUGCAUCUGUUAAAGUUGGAGACUUUUGCUUGGUUGAAGAUUUCCUGUCUAGUCGCUGGUACAGAGGAAGAGUUCAGAACCAAUCAGGAGAUUUGUUUGAUGUGUUCCUACUGGACCGUGGAAAUAUUCUUACCGUUGGUCCCAACUGUUUGUUUAUAAUUUCUGAUUCCUUACUCAUGCUCCCACCAAAGAUUGUCUGUGGGUUCAUUGCUAAUGUGCUGCCAGUUCAGGAAUGCUGGGACCAACCAUCGGAAGCAUAUUUCUCCUCUUUGAUAGGCAGACAUAUCGAAGGAUAUAUCCACGGUCUUCUGCCAUACAAGGUUCUUAUUCUGGAAGUGCCAGAAAUAACCAAAGAUUUAUUAAGAUUGAGCUUAGGCAGACAUGUAGAUACAGACACUUUUCUGCUCCUGGUGGAGCUGGUCAGAGAAGUACCAAUUCAACAAAGCUGUGAGUCUGUCCCAGAUUUGCUUAUUGAAAAGCAAAUUGCACAAGAGAUUUCCUUUAAAUCUUCCAAUUUAUGUGGCUAUGAAAAUAUUCUUUCACUUGGUGGCUCUAAGUUGGUUGUUGGACAGAAGGAAAGAGUUAGGAUAUCUGCCGCUGUAAACCCUGGGUUGUUUUACUGCCAGUUGUCCUCUGCUGCAAAGGACCUGAAGGAGAUGUCAGAAAAAUUGGCAUGUGUGUGUGAGUUGAGGAAUGAUAACUUCAAAGACAAGCCAAGUGAGAAUAUGGGCUUACUAUGUGCUAUCAAAGGCAAAGAUGAGAAGUGGCACAGAGGUUUAGUGCAGUGCCUGCCAGUUAACUCCCAAGUUCGAGUUGUGUUUGUUGACUAUGGGUAUUGUGAAUCUGUAAAAGUUCAAAACAUCUUUCAGUUACCAUCAGAUUUUAUCCUGAGACCAGUCAUGACUUUCCCAUGUUCUCUUUCUUCUUUGGAUGACAAAGACCAAACCACACUGAACCAGCAAAUGGAGCUUUUCAGAAAAGGAUUACUGGGUAAGGAGCUUGAGAUUACAGUCAAUGACUUGAGCAAGGAAAAGAAUGUCUGUUCAGUCACGCUCAGCAAUGUGGUCAAAUGUGCACCUGUCAAAACAGGGCAAUACAAAGAAGUUGCUAAAAUGGCAAACAGUUGUAUUCUCACUGAUGUGCACCAAUCGAGUUGCAUCCCAUUUGAGACAAAAACGGUGGGAAUCUCAAAGAAUUUGGUUGCUUUUGAACACAUACAGGAUGGCUCCAUGUUUGAGGCUUACAUUGAGCAUGUUCAGAAUCCUCAUGAUUUCUGGAUGAGACUAGCUGAGUCGAAUAAUCGAUUUGAGGCCAUGAUGAAUAAGCUGACUGAUUGGUUUAGUAGAUUAAAACUGAAUGAGGAAAUCCUUCAAGAUCCAGUGCCUGGUCAACUCUGUUGUGCCAUGUAUGAAAAAGACAUGCAUUACUACAGAGCUGUUGUGGUGGAUAUUCUUGAAUAUGGUGCUGAGGUGUUUUUUAUUGACUUUGGAAACACAGAAAAGGUACCAAACAUGUUGAUAAAGAAAAUACCUUCCAAAUUUACUGUGGAGCCAGAGUUUGCUCUCAAUUGUUCCUUAGCUCAUGUUGUUCCACUGGAAGAUGUCUGGACAGCUGCAGCAACAGACUUCUUCAGGAAAGCCACCUCAAAUAAAACACUCUUGGUUCAUAUCAUUUACAGAAGGAGCAAUGUGUUCGUUGUGGAGUUGUAUGAGAAAGGGGUUGAGAAAAGUGAAAGUAUUGCAGCACUUCUGACAAGUGCAAAUAUGGCAGCAUACAGGACAUAUAGUGUCAUAAAAACUCCUGAUACGCCUGUCAAAAAAACCCAAAAAAUGGGCAAGACAUUUGCAAGAAUGCAGUUUGCUGAGAAUUCUUGUGAAAGUACGUCACAGAAACUCCCUUGCAAGGUGACAAGACAAGAGAUUGCCGCAGACAAACAAGUCCACGAUGAGACUCAAAUAUGCAGUGCUGUAGAAAUAUUCAAAUGUCAGAAGUUUAAGCCAGGAGCUGUAAUUAGUGUCCAGUGUUCACAUGUCAGCUCUCCAUCAGAUUUUUGGUGCCAGAACAAGAAAAACAAGAACAAGUUGGACAGAUUAAUGGAAAGACUACAAACGUUUUACCAGGUGAACACCUCGGUGUUACAGCCCCACAGCAUAUGUUGUGCUGUCCAGUGUCAACUAGAUAAUAAGUGGUACAGGGGCUGCAUUCUUGGAGGAACAGAUCUAACCGUUAAGGUGAUUCUAGUUGACUAUGGUAUGGUUGUGCAAGAAAAGCUGCAGAACCUACAAGCACUACAUCCUGAGUUCCUUGAGCUUGAAGAGCAAGCCUUCAGAUGUAGUUUGUACAACUUAAUCGACCCAGUCGGAGAUGUGUGGUCUGAUCAAGCAAGCAUCUUGUUAAAGGAUUUUACUUCUGGAAGUUCAUGUAAUCUGAGCUGCAAAAUCUACUCCCAGUUCUAUGUUGCAAAUAAAAGCCUCUGCAAUAUGAUUGACUUGUACACACCUCUUCAACGAGCCUCCACAUAUCUCAUAGAAAAGGGUGUUGCCAAGGAAAUACAGCAUCCAAACCAGCUGCUUCCAUCUGUCUAUCCAUGCUCUUUUGUUUAUUCUUCUUUUGACAUUACCCCUGGAAGUGAAGAGUUGGUGUUCCCUACUCAUGUUGUCAGUCCUUGGGAAAUCUAUCUCCAACUGGACAGAAAUACUGGAAUUAUUGAGCAGCUUAUGGACAGAGUUAUGAAGGAAAGUGAAAAGUUAAUGAGUCAGACGCAUACUGAUAAACCUGGCAUUGUUUGCUUGGCCAAAUAUUCUGAAGACGGUAAAUGGUACAGGUCAUUUAUAUGGCCUGCUCAGUCCAGUCUACACUUUAAUGUAUUCUUUGUAGAUUAUGGAAGCAAGCAGGUUGCUGAAAAAAAGAAUGUACUGUCUAUCCCCAGAACAGCAGUUGAUUUGCUUUUGACACCCAUGCAAGCUUUAAGAUGUAGUCUUUUAAGUAUUCCUGAGGAGGAACAUUUGCCUGAAGUUAAUACAUGGCUUGAGAAGGCCACUCUCAACAAGGAACUUCGUGCAAAGUUUGCCACAACAAACAGUAGUGGGCAUUUCCUUUGUGACCUGUUUGAUGGUGACAUUCAUAUCAAUGAGAAAGUAAGAGAGAUUUUUGCAAUUCAUGGACAAAAAGGUAAAUCUGUCAAACAGAUCAAUGAUUGCUGCAGAGAAGUUGUGAAUGUAUCUUCUGUGGGCAAGAAAUUUAAGACCAAGGGGAGACAUCCUAUCAAAUCACAGAGGACACCAGGCCAGAGCAAAGUCAUCCAGAGAAAUGGGCAGUUUUGUCAAAAGAAAUCAUCCAAAUUAAAAUCUCCACAAAAAUUUCUCAAUCUAAAUGGUAGUUCUGCAAAAAAUGUCCAGGGCAAAAAAGAAUGCAGCCCAAAGCCCCCAAAACUACAGAAUGAAAAAUGCACCAUUCCAAGCACUUCUAACAUGCAGCCCUCAAAGGUGUUGCCAAAAGUUAAUGAUCUACCAUCCAUCAAAAUUGCACCAGGUUUCAGAAGCAUUGGUUUCAUUUCUAAUUGCGACUCUGUUGACAGCUUCUUUAUCCAAAUGGAAAAGGAUGAACAAACUAUCCUUAAAAUGAGGGCUGAACUAAACAGCCACCCUUUCACAGAAAGUUUGCAAAGUGUUACUUCAAAUGUAAACGUAGGGGAUCUGGUUGCUGCAAUGUAUGAUGAGGACUUGGCCUUGUAUCGAGCUGCUGUCAAGUGUGUUGCAUCCAGUGGUUACCUGACAGUUGAAUUUGUUGACUAUGGAAAUACAGCAGUUGUUGACAAAAAGAAAAUUCACCCAUUAACAAGCAAAUUUAUGUCUGAGGCAAGAUUAAGCACUCACUGCAAACUUUUGAAACCAUACGAUUUUGAUGAUGAGUCUUUUCUCAGUGGCGCACAUGACAAACCUCUGAUGGUCGAGUUUGUGCAGAAUCUUGGCCAUGCAUGGGAAGUGAGCAUUCAGCAACUUGACCCUUUGCUUGAGUCAAGAGAAUCUGAUCCUGCUGAAGGAACAGAAGAUAAGGUUCCAGAUUUGGGUCAAGCCAAGCAAAGGCAAGAGCUGUUUGCAACAGUAAAUGAUACUUCCCUUACAUGCAUCUGUGAAAAGUCUGAAGCGGAAACGGCCAGCAUUAAAGAAGACACCAAAGACAGUAAAGUGAUUCGAGAGAAAAUGUUGGAAAAAGUGCAAGCCACAAGAGCCACAUGUUGCAUACAGAACUUAAGAACAAAUAGAAAGGCUUGUGCCUACAAAUGUAAACAUGACAAACAAGAGGUUUGUCAAAUCAGUUUGCCACAGAGGCCUGAAAUACACAUCAGUGUUGCGGAGAAUGAACUUUUGAAUAUAUCAAACAAUUCAUAUGCUGGGUUUGGUUCAAAUGCACUUGAAGCCACCUCUGUUGAACCACCAGGAGUGGAUGUAGGAGUGGAUGAACAGGAUAUCGAUGAAAAAAAAUGUCAGUCUGCUGUACAUCAGCCGACUUCAGAAGACGAUUGCCUUGCACCCAUGGUCAUUCCAGAGAAACCAAUGGACAAAGAUGAUGAGAUACGAUGUCUGUUUCUUGCGCCUGUUACAAAGGAUCACGAGUACUCAGCAUUCGCAGCAGCAGUCACCACACCUGGUGAAUUUUACAUUGUACUUGAGGACCUACUUCUCAUCAUGAAUGCAGUAUCAAAUAUCAUUGAAGACUUACCAGAAGACUUGGCUCCAUUGCCAGAGGCUCAUCUGAUUCCUGGUGCCGGCUGCCUGGUAAAGUCUGAAGAGAAGAAAAAAUGGUGUAGAGCAGAGAUACUACAGUGUGACAUUUCAGUGAUCAUUAAUCUAGUUGAUUAUGGCUAUUGUGUACAUUUGGCAUGCCAAGAUGUCUUCAAACUUAAAGUGCUACCUGUUGAGCUUGCCAGUCUUCCAAAGAUCACUUACCCUUGCUUGUUAAGAGGAAUUAAGCCAGUUGAUGAGCUGCACUGGUCUGACCAUGCUGCUAUGUUUUUCCAAAAGUGUAUGUAUCAAAAACAUCUUAAGCUACACUUUCGACAAUAUGUUACAGAGGCACAGUGGGAGGUUGAUGUUGUGACGUCUAAUGGAAAUGUUGCUAAAGAGUUGGUUGAUGCUGGUCAUGCAGACUACAUAGACACCGUACUUGGAAUACGGUUUCACCAAGGGCGAGACCAUAAAAGGGAAAUAAAGUCCAGCUCUGGAGAGAAUGUCUACAAAGCUAUACCUGACAUACAUGAACAAACGCAAUCAAAGAUGGAGAAGGUGCCACAUAGAGCUUUGGUAGAUGUGGCAUCAAAUGAUGACAUUUCUAACGGCUGCAGUAUGGAAGAAGAGAUUGAAGACCCCUUCAGUGGAAAAUCUGAUGAACAUGGAGGAGUACAGAAAGCAUAUUAUGGCCUGCAGUCUAUUUUAAGCCAAUUGCGUCUCUCUAAUCUGUCUUGA